CCGCAUAUCUCUCCGCUACCGUUCUAGUGCGCCGACAGUGAAACUUGGGCCGGCAGGAAACUCAACGGAAUCACGCUUGUGAUGUGUGAAAUUUGAUACAUAAGACUAUCGGAAACUUUAGUAAUGGAAUCUCAAACUACUUGUGCCAUUUGUGGGAAAGAUUCAACUCACAAGUGUAGUGCCUGUGGAGACGUAUAUUACUGCAGCAAGCAACACCAAAGACAAGACUGGAAGAAACAUGCAAAAUUUUGUAAAGCCUAUAAGUUAGCAGAAGAUUCUGUAUUGGGCCGCCAUUACAUAGCCACAAGAAAUAUAAAAGUUGGAGAAGUUAUCCUGAAGGAUGAUGAACCUCUGCUAAAAGGUCCUGUGCACAAUUGUGUUCCUGUAUGCCUUGAAUGUUACACUGAAUUGCACGAGAGCACUGCAGUACCUUGUACAAAAUGUGGCUGGCCACUUUGUCAGAAUUGUGAGGAACAUGGAUUGGAAUGUAAUUUUUCUUCUUCUCGCAAAGACUGUAAGGUAUCUAUAAGUGAAUUUGGCUAUCCACAUCCAAGUUAUCAAUGUAUAAGUAUCAUAAGAGCGUUAUCAUUGAGGGACACUAAUCCGGAGUCUUAUAAAAAAUUAUUAUCCCUCGAAAGUCAUUGCAGUCAAAUAACAUCCAAAGAAUCAUUAAACACCGUUCGUUUUAUCAAAAGAUUUUUUAAAACAGAUGACAUAAUGGAAGAAGAAAUUAUAAAUAUCAUGGGCAUCUUGCAGGUCAAUGGACACGAAGUUCCACUCACUGAACCACCACAUUUAGCAGUUUAUGAACUGGCAUCAUUACUGGAACAUAACUGUAGAGCAAAUUGUUCAAAAAGUUUUACUAUCAUAGGGGGACUGAUCAUUCAUGCUGCAGUACCUAUUGCAAAAGGAGACCACAUUUCUAUAUGUUAUACGGAUUCAUUAUGGGGUACUGCAAAUAGAAGACAUCACCUUUUCGAAACAAAAUUUUUUGAAUGUACUUGUGAUCGAUGUAAGGAUCCAACGGAAUUUGACACUAUGUUUAACGCUCUAAAAUGCAAAGAAAUGAAUUGUUCAGGAUAUAUAUUACCAAAAACUUUCCUUGAACAGGAACAAGAUUACAUAUGCAAAACUUGUGAAUCAAAUGUUCCCUAUGUAAAGGUAGAAAAGACGUUAGAAGACAUUGGUAUAUGUCUUUCAAGCAUAACAAAAAAUGACAUUGCUGCAUGUAAAAAAUUUCUAGACAGUUAUAAAGAUAUUCUACACUCAAAUCACUAUUAUAAUAUCGACGUGAUAGUUGCCCUGGCUCAGUUGAUUGGUCAUCAAACUGGAGGAUUGACAGUGGUCCGAGAAGAUCUUCUCACUGAGAAAAUAGAAUUAUGCAGAAAGCUCAAUAAAUUACUCACGUUACUCGUUCCUGCUGAGAAUCGAAUUCGAGGUCUGAUUCUUUUUGAUUUAUAUGCAGCACUGGUAGAAUUUAACAAAAGGCAUACAACUGAAGCUACAUCGAUGCUAUUAUUGCAAGAAUCAAGGAAAUAUUUAAUAGAUGCCUACCAAUUGCUAAAAUAUGAACCAACAAUCUUACCAGAAGGAAAAAUAGCUCGAUAUGUUGAGAAAAUACUUUUUUCAACAAAUAUGCUUUUGGAGCAAAUAUUACAAUAA